AUGUGCAAACACGUUCGCGAUGUUCGUGAUAACGUCAAGGACAACGGACGGAGGAAGCCGAAAGAGGGAUGGGAAUUCCAACAACAGGAUGGAAGAGUAGAGGAUUCUCGCGGCAGUGCACCGGUGCAAGCCACCGAUCCCGAUUGCGGUGUAAACGCAAUGGUCAAUUAUACCCUGGCCGGCAGUCGGCUGGAGAACGAACAACUCCUGGUGCGCAGUGAUACGGGGGAUAUUUGCAUCCGGUCGCCGCUGGACAGAGAAACAGUGCCUUAUCUGGAACUGCCUGUCAUUGCCACCGACAGAGGAGGACUAAGUACGACGGCGAUUGUGCGCAUCCAGGUAACGGACGUGAACGACAAUCGACCGAUUUUUAAGCCGCGGCGAUACAACGUGACCCUGCGCAACGACGGCGCGAUGCACAAUCCGAUUUUGAAGCUGAUGGCGACCGAUCUCGAUGCCGGCAUCUUCGGUCAUAUCGCCUAUCGCAUCAGCAGCGGCAACGAGGACGGGGUCUUUCAUAUCGAUCGUAACACCGGCGAGCUGCACGUGGCGAGGCCGAAUCUACUCUCGCGAUUGUCGUUGUAUCAAAUCAACGUGACGGCGACUGAUGCGGCCGGUCUGAAGAGCAUCGUCGACGCCGAGGUCAAGAUCACCGUCUCCACCGCGGAGCACAGAAUCGCCACCUGCGAGAAACCGCGCUACGUUGUCUCGAUCAAGGAGAGUAUGCCGCAAAACACUGUUGUCGACGGCGUGAAGAACACGGCGACACCGUCAUCCUCGUCGAAUGGCGAACGACCAAGCAGGUUUUAUCUGGCAAGUGAGGAAGCUGAUCUCUCGCUGGAUCCCAACACGGGGAUGCUGAAGAUUCGACAGCCGCUCGAUCGGGAAUCACGUGACAAAUACGUUCUCAGCGUCGAGGCACGUAAUGGCGGCCCCGUUGGAUAUUGCCAGCUGGAAGUGAUCGUGGAGGACGUGAACGACAACGCGCCGUCAUUUGGCACGAACACCGUCCGCAUCUCGGUGCCGGAAUCGCAUCCUCUUCACGUGCCUCUGUACGUGGCGCACGCUACCGAUCCCGACAUCACGCCGUUGCUGCCGAUACGCUACUUUCUCGGUCAGAACAGCAACAACCUGUUCGGGAUAGAUGUGCGCAGCGGCGAGCUCUAUUUGACGAGGCGAUUGGAUUACGAGACCCAGCAGAGGCACGGCCUCCUGAUAAGUGCCCUGGACGGCGCCGGGCUCUCGUCUAACCUCAGCCUGAGCGUCGAGGUGCAGGACGUGAAUGACAACCCCCCAGUGUUCGAGAGGAACGAGUAUCACGUGGAGGUUCCCGAAGGCGCCAGGCUCGAUUCCCAGAUUCUUCAGGUGACAGCGGUGGAUCUGGACACGGGAAACAACGCGAGGCUGAGCUAUCGUCUUCAGGGCUCCACCGCUUUUCGCAUCAGCCCCAACACCGGCUGGAUCUACCUGGCGCAAAGUUUGGACCGCGAGACGCUCGAUCGGCACAUCUUGACGGUUCUCGCGGUCGACAACGGAUCGCCCGCGGCGACCGCGAGCGCCUCCGUGCUGGUGACAGUCCUGGACGACAACGACAACGAUCCGCGAUUCGAGAAGGACUUCUACGAAUUCGAGCUGCUUGAGAAUCUACCGUCGGGCACUCUGGUGGGCACCGUGAGCGCCAUCGAUCUCGAUAUCGGCAAGAAUUCGCUUCUCAGAUACACGGUGGUCCAAGUCAACAGCAGCUUCGCCAUCGAUCUCGACACGGGCGAGAUCACCACGCGCGAGCCGCUCGACCGUGAAGCGAAAAGCAUCCACGAACUGGUACUGGAGGCGCGGGAUCAAGGGACACCGUCGAGAGCCGCCAGAGUGCCUCUGAAGGUCACGGUUCUGGACAUCAACGACAACUCGCCCGAGAUCGUCGAUCCGCAGGGGGACGUGGUCAGCGUCAGGGAGGAGCAGCCACCGGGCACGGAGGUCGCCAGAGUGCGGGCGCUGGACACGGAUCUCGGUGAAAACGCCUCGGUGACGUACAGCAUCCCGAAAGAUCGAGACUCGGACGGCUACAAUGUCUUCACCAUCGACCCGAUCACCGGGAUGAUCAGGACCAAGGUCGUGCUCGAUCACGAGGAGCGCAACGUGUACCGGGUGUCCGUAAGGGCGACCGACGCCGGACAUCCGCCGCGACACAGCGAGCGCGUGUUGCGAGUCGAAGUUCUGGCGCUCGCGGAUAUCCGGCCGACCUUCACCAGCAGCAGUCUUACCUUUAACGUGCGCGAGGAUGCAAGUAUCGGGCACGCGGUGGGAUUAGUUUCGGGAGCGGGUCCUACGGGUCGCGUGGCUUUCACCUUGGACUCGUUGACGCCGAUCAGCGAGUUUCCAGCUUUCGACGUCGAUCGCAGCUCGGGCCAGCUGGUAGUUGCCCACUCGCUCGAUCGCGAGAACGUCAGCGAAUAUCACCUGGAGAUCCGUGCAUUAGACACCACCUCGCUCGGGAAUCCUCAGAGCAUCGCCGUUUCCGUGAAAAUCAUCAUAGAGGAUGCCAACGACAAUCCGCCGAGUUGGCCGGAUGAUCCGAUAACUGUUAAGGUGUCCGAAGCAGCAGCGAUUGGCUCGACCAUUUACAAUCUGACGGCCAGCGAUCUGGACAGCGGCCUGAAUGGCGAACUUAGAUACGGUCUCGUAUCCGAGUUCCCGUCGAAAGGUUGCUUCGCCGUGGACUCUUUGACCGGCGCUUUGACGUUGGCCAAGCAAUUGGAUAGGGAGGAGACAGAGGAACACAUUCUGAUCCUGAAAGCAUCGGACCGGGCAUUACCGGGGGAGCAGUUAGCUUCCACGGUCACCGCGAGAAUCGUCGUUAUCGAUGACAAUGACAACGAUCCCGUCUUCGUCGCGCCUGAAUUUAACAAGAUAAACGUCGCGUCGAAUCUUCCGACCGGUACUAGCCUGGUAAGAGUCGUUGCCGUGGACAAGGACGAUGACGACAACGGUCGGGUAUCUUAUGUGAUAACCUCGGGCAACGAAGAUUCACGGAUCAUUGUGGGCUACGACUCGGGCAUCGUAAGCCUCGCGAAGCCCCUCACAAAGCCGUUGAAUCUCGAGAUUACGGCCAACGAUCACGGAUCGCCAUUCCGCAAGGCCGUGAUGAAGCUGAAUGUGAUUCCGGUGGCGGCGCAGGCGAGCGGACCUCCUCGGCUGUUGUUGCCUAAUCCGAUCGCCAAGAUUUCCGAAAACCUCCACGUCGGAUCGCAUGUGAUGAACGUUGCAGGAUCAGCAAUUGGUCAAGGUAACGUCACUUUCAUCAUCCUGAACGGCAUAGCUUCGAACAAGUUCGCCAUAGCGCCCAAUGGUCAAGUCACUCUUCGGGGUCCUCUGGACCGCGAGGAGGUCGCGCAUUACUCAGUUUCCAUCUUGGCGAGGUCCAGCAAACUUUUGGACAUCACGACUCUGGAAGUUGUAGUGAUGGACGAAAACGAUAACAGUCCGGAAUUUCGGCCGGGCUCCUGCUACACUCUCGCCGUGCCGGAAAACCAGGAAACUUCUGUGAUCCACACCGUAGCUGCGACCGAUCCUGACGAUGGCAAGAAUGGCGAGAUCUUCUACACUAUCGAAGGCGGCAACAUAGGCGCCAAAUUUGCGUUAGAUCCGAUCACCGGGGUGUUGUCGAUGUCAAGUUUGGAUCGUGAGCACGUGUCUAAGUACGUGUUGACGAUUUCGGCCGAGGACAGGGGAAGGCCGAGCAGGCAAGAGUACUGCAACCUCACCGUGAUCGUGUUGGACAUCAACGACAACGUUCCAGUUUUCGUGCGGUCGAACUAUCCGGCGAAUUACUAUCCCACGAAGUAUGUGACGACUGUCUCGGAGGACAUCCCGCCGGACUCGAGUGUGAUAACCGUGAAGGCGAUCGACUCGGACCAAGGUGUAAACGGGAAGAUCACGUACGCCAUCGCCGAGGAGACUAGCUGGCUCUUCAGGGUCGACAACCUGACUGGCGUCGUUACUACAGCUGGCCCACUGGACCGUGAACGCCAGAGCAACUACACCUUCUUCGUGGUUGCCACGGACAGCGGCAUGUACGACGCGCUAAGCAAGUCGAUACCCGUCGAGAUCAACAUCAGCGACGUAAACGACAACGCGCCAGUUUUCGAGGAGUACCCCUUUCGGGCACGCGUGCCCAUCAGCACGAAGCCGGGUCAGAACAUUCUCCGGGUGACGGCCAAAGACGCCGACGACGGUGUGAACGGUGAUAUCGUGUACUCAUUUAUAAACGAGCAGGAGAAACCGAAAUUUCGGAUACACCCCAGCACCGGCGAAGUAACGGCAAGCCUGUCGUUGUCGCAAGAUAACGGCAAGACGUACUACCUGGAGGUAUUGGCCCAGGACAAGGGUAACCCACCGAGGAGCGCCAAGGGUUUGAUCGAGCUCCAGAUCGGUCACCUCGCGGACCUGCCUAGCUUGAAGUUUCAAAAUGACACGUACAACGUCGUCGUUCAAGAAAAUUCAGCGGCUGGCACGGAGAUCGUCAAGAUCACCGCGGUGCGUACCGACGGCAGGAAGCAGCGCGUCACCUAUUCGAUCGCGUCGGGAAACGAUCACAACACCUUUGCCAUCGACGAGGACACCGGUCUGUUGCGCGUCAACGAUCCCACCAGGUUGGACGCGGAGCUUUGGAACGACUUGACGGUGAGACCCGGUGACGAGCUGCCGGACGAUACGGCGCGCACCAAUUCGUGGGGUAGAUCCUUGGAAGGCCAGUCGAAGGAGGAGCCCAGAGAAAGCUCGAGGCACAUUCUCAACGUGAUAGCGAGGAGCCAAGAGGUUCUAGAGGCGUACGUCAAAGUGAUCAUCAGGAUAUCCGACGUCAAUGAUAAUCCACCAAUCUUCACGCAAACGCAGUACUCGGCUACCGUACUUGAGGGCAAUACUAAAGGAGAUUUUGUCGUGAAGCUUUCAGCAAGUGAUGCAGAUCAAGGGCUGAACAGCAGAAUCUUGUAUCAUAUUGUGGACGGUAAUCCGGAUAAUGCCUUCACCAUAAGCCCGCCGUACAGCGGAGUCGUACGAACCAAUAUAGUCCUAGAUCGUGAGAUCCGUGAGAAGUAUAGAUUGACUAUCAUCGCGACUGACCAAGGAAACCCGCAAUUAACCGGCACGGCCGCAUUAAGCGUGCGAGUAAUUGACGUCAAUGACAAUCAGCCUACCUUCCCGGAACACAGUAUCAUUUCAGUCCCCGAGGGUACUGCUAUGGGAACCGUGCUGACGACCAUCACGGCGAACGACGUCGACAGUUCACCAGCGUUAACGUAUAGAUUCCGCAACGUGACGGGUUCGGAGCCCUUCAGCAUCGACCGGUACGGCGGUAAGGUUGUUUUGCGGCAGCGUCUGGACGCCGAGACGCGUUCCGAGUACACUCUUCGCGUGACCGCCAGCGACGGGAUUCACAAGGCGAUGACCGAUCUCACCAUUCGUGUGACCGAUCUCAACGACAACGUGCCGCGAUUCGAGCAGGCUGUCUACGUGGCUAUUCUUUCGGAAGGGCAAGGCAAGCAGGAAAUUCUGACGGUAAACGCCACGGACGACGACCUUUCGGAGGAGAACAGCCGAGUGCGAUAUUAUCUGUUGCGUCCCGUGAAGGGAUUUUCGGUGGAUCCCGUGACCGGCGUUCUGACUGUUAAUCACACGGCGAUACCCAGGCCGAUACUGAAGGAGAUGGAACUGGCGAUCGUCGCGGAGGACCAUGGCAAACCCGCGGCAUCGUCGGUGUGCUCGGUUGUCAUACGAUUCAACAGUUUGAAGAGCGCUCUACCUGGGCGGGAAUACAAUUUCAUGGUGAAGGAAAAUUUAUUCAGAGGUACGACGCUGAUGAAGCUUUCUGACGUGGACCUUCUGGAUGGUGCCAUCGUUGCGGGCGACGAUAGCGGAACAUUCGAGAUAUCCAAGGAUCGGCUGAUUCUCUCAAAGGUGCUUGAUCGCGAGAUGAGGGACAGCUACAUGCUACAAUUGGGCAACAGGAUCGAAAACACGACGACAGGCUUACUGAUGGGAGACGAACCGAUAACAGUAACAAUCACCGUGGAGGAUGUCAACGAUAAUUAUCCGCAUUUCCUGGAAGCGCUCUACGAGGUAUCGAUCAAGGAAGACGCCCCGCGGGGAACGACUAUUGCCGUCCUGCACGCCAAGGACGACGACUUGACUAAUACCACGGCGGCCACGCUGGUGUACGACAUCACUUCAGGAAACGACGGCGGUCUCUUCCGCGUGGAGAGGACGACCGGCGCGGUCUUGGUGAACUCCACGCUUGACUGUGACCUCGAGCCCGAAAUCUACAAACUCGUGGUGAUGGUCUGCGACAGCGAUUCGACGUUGCCUCUUUGCGCGCUCGCCAAUGUUCGCGUUUUUCUGGAAGACGUGAACGACAAUUCACCCAAGUUCCCGGUAUCCGAGUAUCUCGAGUUCGUCGGUGAGAACGAGCCGAUCGGCACGACUGUCUUCUCCGCGCGUGCCUCGGAUCUGGAUCGCGGCAUCUUCGGAUCGUUGAACUAUUCCAUCGUUUCCGCCGCCAGCGGAUUCUCCGACAUCGACGACAGUUGGAAGCUGUUCGCGGUCGACGAAUCGGGUACCGUCAUCACUCGCGCCGUGUUCGAUUAUGAGCAACGGAAUCGGUACGCUUUCACGUUGCGUGCCACGGACGCGGGCGGCCGUACCGCUGCGGUGCGCGUCAGGGUGGAGAUUGACUCGAAGGACGAAUUCUUUCCACAGUUCACCGAGAGGAUGUACCGAUUCAGAAUAAGAAACAGUGCUCAAAUGUUGCCUGGCACAGUAAUCGGUCACGUGACGGCGACCGAUCGCGACAAAGGACCCGAUGGCCGGGUCGUAUAUCAGUUAACAUCCCAACAUCCUUAUUUCAAAUUGAAUCGCACGACCGGCGCGUUAAUCGUGAAGCAGAAAUUGAUGCACAUCGACAUGGACGAGUCGUCCAGAUUGGUAGUCAGCGCGAGUUCCGGUAGACAGGGCUCUCUGUCCAACAUGACGGUAGUUGAAAUUACGCUGAUAGAUGACAGCGAGCUGAACGGAGCUAGAGGAGCUACCGCUCUGGCAACGCCGACGGACGUCGGUUCGAAUAUGGCCGUGGCUACCUCAGGCGGCUUGGCCGAUUGGGUCCUGGGUCUGUUGAUCGCUCUCCUUCUUCUCAUUCUCGCGUUUGGUGCCAUCUUUCUCUACCUUCACAUUCGUAAUCGCCGUCACAAGAAACCCGGCACGAAGCCAGGUCUGAACGGCGAGAGCAACGCUACCGCGUCAAACAGUUACGUGGACCCGAGCGCGUUUGACACGAUCCCGAUCAGAAGUGUGACCGGAGUCGGGGCAAGCGGAAACGGCAGUUCCGCAAGUGCCGGGGGAGCGGGCGGCGCGUCCUGCCAAUUUGCGCCUCCGAAGUACGACGAAAUACCUCCUUAUGGAACGUCCAGUCAAUCCGGACAACAGCAAGCUACCUCCGAACUUUCCGGAAGCGACCAGUCGGGUUCUUCCGGCAGAGGCUCCGCCGAGGACGACGGGGACGACGAGGAGAUCAGGAUGAUCAAUGAGGGACAACAGACCGGCGAUUCCGCGAGCGACCUUUCAGUUCACAAUACUCAGGAAUACUUAGCUAGACUGGGCAUCGUGGAUCCUCCAGCCGGUACACCUAGGAGGCCUCCCGAAGCUCUGCCUCUGGACAGUUUGCAUCUGUUUGAGGACGAGGCGAGCACCGAGGCAGACAUAGCGACGUUGAUUUACGGCAAGAUCGGGGAGUCUACACGACCCACUUCUGGUCUGGAAGUCCCAGGUGGACCGUCGAUGAAUGGCUCCCUGAGCUCCAUCGUGCACAGCGAGGAGGAGCUCACUGGCUCGUACAAUUGGGACUAUCUAUUAGACUGGGGACCUCAGUAUCAACCGCUAGCUCAUGUAUUCAGCGAGAUUGCUAGGUUAAAGGAUGAUGCCGCCAGUGUUCAAAGCGGAAACUCCGGCAGCAGCGGCAAGACCAAGUCUGUACAUAAAGCGCCACCGCCGCCGUUGCUCACGUCCGUCGCUCCGAGGUCAUUGGCGGCGCCGGCGCUGGCGAGAGGAAUUCUACCAAGGUCGCCGAUCAGUCACGAUGCCUCCACCUUCCCCUCCGCCGCGCUGAGUCCGAGUUUCUCUCCCUCAUUGUCACCCCUGGCUACGAGAAGUCCCAGCAUCAGCCCCCUCGUGCCACCCGCCACCCAGAGAUCCAGUCAAAGUGCCAACCGAGGGAUUCCCGUCGCUGAUGCCGAGCUGAGGAUCUGAGGAUACUCUGGUUUUAAUCCGGCGUAUAUACUUUGCGUAAAUUCUAGUAUUAAUCUAGUGAUGACUCGCCGGGAAAGCGACAUCGGACGAUGUGGUGCCUCGUGUAACGCGAAUAAUAUUCCUGUUAAUAUGCGUUGUUAAAUGCGAUUGAUUAAUGGAUAUAUAUGUAUAUUGCUCUCUCAGACUGUGCGAACAACGUGAUUCGCGGGUAUGGUGUUAACGAGUGAUUUUUAAUUUAGUAAUUUCAAUUUGAUCGGCCAUCGGUAGAAAUCGUGACCGAAUCGUUCUCCCCGUCACGCGCAAGCGCUACCUUCCCGCGAUUAAUUGUUACUUAUUAAUUAAUUAACAAAAUAUAAACUCUGUAGGUAGUUUCGAUUCAUCGCGAGAAGCGAUACGAGUGAGACAGAAAGCGAGAAAGUGGCGAUUGCGCCUUGACAACUCCGUAUCUACUAUAUGCGGAUGUUCUUCGUUUCGAUCGAUAGCUAACUGAAAACAAGUACUUUCUGAACGGAAUGUUGUAAAUAUCCGCCGGCUGCAACGGCGCUUAGUCAUAGUAGCAUUGUAAAUAAUGAUCUACGAGAAUAACGAUAUUAUCAUAAUCAAAAAGAUAGACUGUCGAUUUACGUAAACCGGAAACCGGAUGAUCGCGCCAUGUUCAUCGAGCCCCUCCGCGUGAAUGUGUAUAGUAAUCUAAUUUUAUAAUCGAAUCGAUUGAUACCUACGACGAACAUGGCGAUAUCAUCCGAAUUGAAAACACGCUGCCACGAGCGAACUGAUCACACACUGGAUUUCGUGGCAACGCAUCUCCAUAUAUAAAAGCGUCAAUAUAUCACUUCGUUGAUUAAUUGUUAUUUCGUCCCUGUCCCCCGAGCGCGAUCUCGAUGUAACGGGGGAUGGAAUCUCAGCCCGAUACAUAUAUACAUACGCACUGAAUAUAUAUAUAAAUGUCAUAUUUUGUAUAAAUUGUUCUCUGUACAAAGACUCUUCCGAGCUGAGGGCCUUACUGUGACGUGGGCCUUAAAUAAAUGAAUUUUUUAGGAGGUCGCGUUAUUUUUCUAUCAUAUUCCGACACUCAUUUCGCUUGAAUAAUUACUAAUUUUGAUUUGUCACUUAAAAUAGAUUAUCCAACAGGAAAUCAGAAAGAGGGAAACUGACAGGGAUCGCUAAUGAAGAAAACCACAUGUUUCCACGUAUAAAUCUGCUUUUUGUUAUACAACACGUUGAGCCUUACAAGUAUACACGUAUUCUUCGGAUUAUUUUGAUAAGUUUAUUCCAUGUUUCCUCCGCUCGUUUUACUCCCGUAGCUACUACAUAGGAUU